GCCUUAAAAGUACCAAGACAUGAAUUCAUUAUUAUUUUUCCCCCGAGUUGUGAUGUAUAUGUCUAGAAUCCCUGGCCUGGGAGGAAGAAGUUGGUGGUCCCAGUGCGUCACCGUGAGGCUCUCAGGAGCAGAGGGGCUCUGCAGAAAGCCUCUCAGUCACCAGUGAGGCAGGAGCAGCAGGAGCUGCUGCACGCAGCACAUCCUCUGAUGCGUUUUGCAAGCUUUUUCUGGCUGCAUAUGGCACGCGUACUGGAGAUUUAUUUACCGGCUUCGCUUAGCACCACACGAUAUAUUCCACGAGGAGGGAAGAUAUGAAGCAUUUUUAUGCCGCACAGAGCUACACCCUCUCUCUGUCAUGGAAAACCUCACGGUGGAUGACAUGACUCUGGAGAAUGACACGUCGGUGCCGGACAACCAGACUCUGGGCGUUUGGACCGACUACUCAGUCGAAUACAAAGUGGUCAGCGUGUUCCUGGUGUCCCUCAUCUGCGGCGUGGGGAUCGUGGGCAACGUCAUGGUCAUCCUGGUGGUCCUGACCACCAAGCACAUGCGAACUCCCACCAACUGCUACCUGGUGAGCCUGGCGGCCGCCGACCUCAUGGUGCUGACGGCCGCCGGGCUGCCCAACAUCAGCGACGCCCUGUGCGGGCAGUGGGUGUACGGCUACGCGGGCUGCCUGGGGAUCACCUACUUCCAGUACCUGGGGAUAAACGCGUCCUCCUGCUCCAUCACCGCCUUCACCGUGGAGCGCUACAUCGCCAUCUGCCACCCCAUCAAAGCCCAGUUCCUGUGCACCUUGUCCCGGGCGAAGAAGAUCAUCAUGCUGGUGUGGGCGCUCACCUCGGUCUACUGCGUCAUGUGGCUGUUUCUGUCCGACACCAAAAAGUUGGUGUACGACAACGUGGCGCUGCUCACCUGCGCCUACAAGGUGUCCAGGAGCCACUACCUGCCCAUCUACUUCACGGAUUUCGCCGUGUUUUACGUGCUGCCCCUCAUGCUGGCCACGGUUCUGUACGGGCUGAUCGCCAGGAUCCUCUUCCUCAACCCGCUGCCGUCCGACCCGAAGGGCGGCAGCAAGAAGUGGAAGAGGGAGGCGAGCCAGGGCGGCAGGAUGGUCGGCAGCAGCUCCUCCAGCAGCACCACGGCUGCCUCCCGCAGACAGGUGACGAAGAUGCUCGCCGUGGUCGUCAUCCUGUUCGCUCUGCUCUGGAUGCCCUACCGGACCUUAGUGGUGGUCAACUCCUUCCUAGGCAAACCCUACCUGGACACCUGGUUCCUGCUCUUCUGCCGUCUCUGCAUCUACCUAAACAGUGCCAUUAAUCCGGUCAUCUACAACGCCAUGUCGCAAAAGUUCCGCACCGCCUUCAAGAAGCUGUGCCACUGUGGCCCCCAGCGCAUGGAGAAACCCGCGUCCUACAGCGUGGCUCUCACCUACAGCGUCAUCAAGGAGACGUCCAACGGGGAAAGCCCAGACCACUUCACGACCGAAAUGGACGAGCUGCACUCGCCGUGCGACCAGUGCAUGCCUGCCGGAAAGAUACAGUACGUGGUGAAUGCCUCACUCGCUGGCAGAGAAGUGAAUGCCUGAGUAGAGACAACUUUUGCACCCAGAGUAGAUAUCAGAUUCCAACUGAACGUAUUGUUGAGUUUGGUCAGGUAUAAGUUGACAGUGCGCCGACAUGUCCAGCUUGAGUUCUCUCUCUUGUACAUAUGUUGUUCGAUGAAACUGAAGUCCAUUUGCUGUCACGUUUUGUGGGCUUUGAAUAUUUUGCACAUGAUAAAUUAAGAGAACAAUUUUGCAUAAUCCAAAAUAGAGGGUAUAUGCAGUUAUGCUUAGUUACUCUGAGAAAGCUUCAUAUGAGAUGACUACAGGGAAAAACUGGAAGAUUACUGAUUAGAGGAGUUAAUGCACACAGCAACUCUGUUCUAUGAUAAUCCAUCAAUCUAUUUUCUAUAGCCGCUUCAUAUUUGGAGGGUGUUUGUGGAGUAUGUUGCCUAUUACACAUGUUAAAUAGGCAACAAAUGGAUAUUAAGAGAAACAGACGUACACUCUUAUCUCCGGGCAAUUCAGACAGCCCAAUUACCCGAUCAUGCAUGUUUUUGGGACAUGUGAGGAACUUGGAGGUAAUCUACACAUGCACAGGGAGAACAAGCUAAUUCAACACUGAAAAAACCCCAGCUGCAAUUUGAACUGAGGAACUCCUUGCUGCGAGCCACUGGGCCACUGUGCAACACUCUUCUGUAAAAAACAGUCAACAUUUUCUUUUGAAAUAGAUAUUUAGAGAAUCCACUGGCAAAAUUUAGCAACGACAUGACCAGUUUGGUUAAAGCUGGUCACCUCUUUACCCUAUUCUGUCAUUCAUCUUGCGCGAUGAAUGGAUUGAUGACUAUGGUCGAUAUAGAGGUGAUUGUAUGAGACUGGGGGCCUUUUUGUGUGAUGUUUCAGCCUUAUUAACAAUUGUACUUUUCAGUCGUACUGCUACAACAGAAAUCUUAUUUCCCCCACCCAAUGUGUGACAUUUCCUCAGCAUCAGAUAAAACAGUAGGACCCUUUGCAGAUGCUAAUACUGAGCACACAGGGGAGGAAUUACCAACUAUAGAAACAGAAAUGUAGUGGUUCCAAAAGAUCAUUGCUUUAAAAAAAUCUCUUUCAAAUGGCCUCCAAAUUAUCAUUAGGCUACAGUUAUUGCUUUUUGGAACCCAGAAAAAUGUGUCUUUAGAUUCUUUGAUCCCCCUGUGGAGUUACAUUCAGCAUUGAUCACCACAGUAUGGUGGUGAUUAAUGGAAUAGUUUGAACAGAUAAGUCCGGUGUUGUGUGGCUUAUUUAACAAGAAGCAAAGAUUUAAACCACUACAUUGUUGGGAAUCUCUUCUAAGCCUCUGAACUUUUUAAUACACCCCUGAAAAAGUGUUGCUCAAGGCACUUAUGCAUUCACUUCCCUUUUCUGGGCACACAGUCUGACGUUUGACCUUAGGCGAACAUCAUUUACACACUCACGUUUGAUGCACCAAGCUGGGGGAAGCACCACUGCCACCAACUCUGCCUCGCAGAUUUUUUUUUAACAAAAAAAAAAAGUCAAUUUCCAAAUAGAUGCAUUAUUCACUGAGCUAAUGAGAAAGAAACGCUGGAGCUAAGAGAGGUGUGAUGGAUAAUGUUUUAUUUAACACAGAAUCAGAGGCGCAGAUGUUGCGUCUUAACUUCCACAUGAAAAUGUAAUGCAGAACCGUUCGAGAAAUUUUCAUCAAGCUUAAAAUUUUGAUGUCUUGAAGCAAAUUAGCUUUGGUAGAAUUUUGAGAUGUAAUGAAUACUUCAGCUGGUUGAAGGUAAUUACAUUUUUUUCUCCCUGUGUUAAACACAGAGGAUUUAGUCCAUUGAUGUUCCAGUUAAAUGUUUUGUCCAUUUAGCUGAGAUUGUUUUAUUUCAACCAGUAAACAUGGCGUCAAAUGGGGGGAACAUUACAACACCAUGGAAAAGGUUCACAAGCUUUCAUCAUUGGUAUAAAAUUUUUAUCAAAUUUAAGGCUUUUGGGGAUGUGUUUGAGUUGUUCAAGAAUGAUCACAUAAUUUAAAAAAAAUACAAUUGGCAGCACCAAUGUACUUUUUUGUGGCUUCUUCAAAUCCACAACAGGACAAAAUUGUACAUAAACAUAUAAACGGAUAAAUAAAUUCCUUAAAGAUAUUCAUUUGCUUUAAAAUCACUAAAAACAAAACCGUUGGCACACAACUUUGCACAAUAGAAAUGCAGACACAUUGGAUCCCAGCAGCUCCACUCCAUUUCACCAACUCAUCUGAACAGUCCUGGCUCAAAAUCCAUUCAGUACGAUUUUAACAAUCCAAUUCAAGACAACAUUCAUCAGGAGAAAAGUCUUCUGUGACCGUCUUUAGGUGAAAAGGCUUUAGAGUUAUUUAGCUAGAGAGAGAGUCAACAGAGCCAAGUAUAACUGCAAUGCUGCCGAUGCAUUUUCAAGAUAGACGCUCCGAUGUAUGAAGAAUUUAAAUGUGUCGAUGAAGCUCCUGUAUCUGCAACAUCAAAAUUUUAAACAUGUCAGACAGCGAAAGCUGCUGUUAUCUUUUUCAGUAGAAGCAAUCUGCUGACAGACCAAUUAUAGUGGUUCCUUGGUUGAACGAUGCGUUUUUACACCAUUUCUAAGCUGUCAGUGCGAGUAUGAACUGAUGGAGGGAGGCGUCCAGGUUCAGGUCCGUCAAGGACAAAAUAACCUGGCAAAAGCCCGUUAGUCAGUCCUUUGAUUGGUAAAAAACAAACUAGAGGCUAAUAUGGUGGAUGGUAAAACUAAUUAAAUGAAGAAAACAUGCAACCGCUGGAGGACAUACGAUGCAACGUUACGAGACAAAUUGAACAACAGCUGCUGAAUACGUUUGCUUGGGUCAGAUCUUUAACAGUAAGAAAAUAUUUAGUUUGUUUUUGCGAUUUCUGGCUCAACAGAAUUCAAGGUAUGUGUUUUCCUCAAAGUUUUAACAACCUCCUGAAAUGUCAAAAACAGUAAUAGGUACCAAAUGUUUCUCUAAGUUUCGACAUCAAGUUUAAAAAGUUCGUACUGUGACAACGUCAUGUCAGAUUCAUACAUUCUUACCAAUACAUUUAGUUAAAUACAUUUUUUGUUCAUUUCAGAAUAAAAAAAAAAAUGCUCGAAGCAUCCUUAAAGGACAAAAACUGAUUGUUUGCAAACGUUUCACCGGUAAAAUCCAAGUGUCUGAUUCAGUACUCAUAUCUCGAAGUCACUAUCAUACAAACAUCAUUAUGUUUCAUUUUGCAACCAAUCUUCUACUGGGAUUCAACUGCAGUUGCAGAACUCGUCCCUCUUUGCGUUUCCCACUCCUCCACCUGAAGGCAUUUAAUCUAAAUUAAUCCAAACGUACACCGGCGUGACAUUUUAAUUUGGCUUCCGGAGGCAGAACGCAGAUGUCGAAUUAUGUGACCUUUAACGACGGACUCCGCAGAGAAAGAGGUGGCAGAGAAAGAGGCGGACGCAUUUAGACACUCACUUAAAGUUGCUGUGUCAAUUUAGAAUCACCUGAAUGCUAAUGAUUCCUGCAGGGAGUUGCUCGAUUAGUCCUCCGAUGUGACAGACACACCGAGCGAAGCCUCGGCGUUGCUUUGGUUGCCAUCAAGUGGACUGGCGUGUGGAGAGCUUGUUGCUGCAGCGAGGGAGAAACGCGUUUCUACUGCUGCAUUAAGUCGUUUUAUUCAGUUUCAAUUGGCAGAAUGCAGCACUUUUUCUUAGUUAUUUGUUCCAGGAGUCUCCACAAACCAGUGAUGGGACAUGUAGCAGCAAGAUGGCUUGAUGAAACCCGGUGUGCACCAUAUUUGAUCAAUUGACGAGGUAGCUUAAAAAUACAUUUUGAAAAUAACCCGUAAGUAGGUGUUAAACAUACUUCUCAUUAGUGGUGAUCGAUACUUCAUAUUUUGGUAUCGAUCCAAUACCAAAUAAAGUGUCGCCGAUAUUGAUUGAUACAAGUACAGAUACUUAUUGUUUAACUAUGAAUUCAUCAAACAUCAGACCUUUAGGCAAUUUUGUGUAUUUUCCUUAGGAUUUAAAAAAAAAAUAAUAAUAAUCUAGGACAGAAUUUAAGUAAAGUCUCAACAUAAUUUAAUAACAUAUAUUCAGAUGGUAAACAGAAACAUUACAAAAGCAAAGCAUGUUUUGUAUAGUUUUCUAGUUAAACAAACUGCAAAAAUUAUAAUUUAAGAGUGGAUGAAAGCAAAAUAUUUUUUGUUGUACAGCUGAGAAACAAAAGUACUAACUUCCAAGAUGGAACAUGGAACUAAAGUAUUGAUUGAUCCGAUAUUAUCGAUAUCUUUGGAUCGACCCGCCCACCUCUACUUCUGACUGACCCAUUAGUGUUAAUGGAAAUACAGUAUAGGCUUGAAAGCAUCAAUCUGUGAUAAUUCAUCUACACAAUGUGUUUCACUUAGUAACUUUAGUCAUUAAAAACAAACACAUUUUCAAGAAUAUUCUAAUUUGUUAGAUAUGACCGCAUAGUCAUGCCUGCUUGUUGAGGAGGAAUUUCGCAGUUUCUCUGAACUUCUGUUUUGCGUGUUGGCAAGUUGAACACCCUGAUGACUGGAACAUGAUUUGUUAAAAUGAUCAUUACGUUGUGUCAGUAUAAUCUGAGACAAUGUGUGAAAAGAUCAAUCUCCUCCACGUCCUCCCUGAGCUACUAUUACUGUCUGAAGAAAUGCACCGCUCCCGAUCAAAAGCAACCAAUCAGAGCCAGGAGGAGGGUCUUAGUGCUGCCAGUCAUGCUCGUGUAUGACUACUCGAUGUUGAUGAUGAUAAUGACGGAGAAACAACUUAACCUUACAGGAAAACUGUUUACCUUUAGUCAUUGGUGGCCAUGCUAACUAGCAUUAGCAUUCGUGGCAAAAUGUAUUAUGGUGAGACCCUCCUCCUGGCUGUGAUUGGUUGUUUCUGACAGAGCAGGGUAUUUCUGCAGUUGGCACUGGGAUAUAAAAAACAUUUUUUUUUCAUAACAGUUACAGGUUGUAUCUUUAAGGAGGGAUUUUGGAAUCUGUCUGAACUUGAAAAGCUGCUUGGUAAAAACAACCCUGGGUCAAAAAUGGAUCGUCUAACCCAGGGUUGGUGUAACUCAGCAGGGUUGCAGAAUGGGCUCAAAUGAAAGACAUUUCAGCUUUUUCAUCAUGUGGAUGAACUUUGGUGAUCAUUGACACAGUAAAAUGUUUUGACCCCAUGUUUGUUUAAAACAGCCCACUUUCUCUAACAACAACAUAAACCUAUGAAAUAAUGGUGAGGAACUCUGCAGUUCCUGCAUGUGACCUGUCUCCAAGAGAGACCAGCUACUGAAAGGGACACACUUUAAAAUGAACAGCUGUGGGUUUUUUUGUCUAUAUUGUAAAGUUAUUUGAAAACUUUUGUGCCGUGCAAUGUGAACUUAAUGGAGUAUUGUACUUUUAAAUGUGCCUGAAAAGAAAAGGAAAAGAACAACAACUCUGUUUUGAUCAUUUCUUUAAAAGUGUCUCAGUGCAGUGAAUGAAAGCUAAAUGCUAAGGUAGAAUAGAUGAGAAUAUUUCAAGUCUGUGGUUUGUAAAGUACCUCACAGGUUUAUGCACAUUUCGCUUUCUGUUCGUUAUUUUUUUUCCUACUUUUGACAAAUAGCAAACAGCUGUGAUUGGAGAUAUUUUGUGUCCUGCAUGCAGGUUGCUGCAAAAAACACACAACUUGCAACACAGGCGCACACACAUACACACUAUGUGGGCAAAUCCAGUAACUUUUUGCACGUUUGUAGUUUUCCUCUGCUGCUUCAUGGAUUGUUUGAAUAUUUUGUAUUGUUUAUUUGUCAAUAAUAAACAGUAAUUACAUCUGGC